GGAAUUAAAUCAUACUUUUUUAUAGUCUAGUAUCAAUCAAGUAUGAACUCCAGCGAAACUGUAAAACAAAUAACUGCAACAUUAUUUUCAAAACUGAAGGAUUAUUUUGGCAAAGAGCCAGCAGUCGUAAGCAUCAUACUGAUGGGAUUUGAGAAGCUGUUGGAGUUGGAGUUUCAGUGUCCUUGCAAACCCAAAUGGAACGCUGCUUUUUCUUCAGUUUUCUUCAUCUUCCCUCCCAUCAUCGUCCUCACAAUAAUGCUGAUACUUCGAAUAGACAUUCAUGAAAACCUGUGCUACAAGAUUUUCUGCAGUUCUAUCCCGGGAUUUGUAUGGCUGCUGUUACUCUUCUUUGAUGGGCGGUACUUGUCAUGUGCAAAGAUGGACUGGAAUGGCACAUAUGUCAAAGGUGGCCUUAACCACAAUUGGUGUAGCCCCAAAGAUUACAGUGCAGAAGAAAAGCGCUCAGAGGAACUCUAUUUUCAUUCACAGGUUGUAGGCAUGGGUUUUCUCUGUGCCUUCUGCAUUGGACUUAUCCUGUAUUUAGUUAAACUUUGCACACAAAAGAGAGCACAGGGGGCAGAUAGAGCACAGGGGGCAGAUGGAGCACAUGGGGCAGAAGAGGCACAGGUGGCAGUAGAAGCACAGGGGGCACAGGGAGGCGAGAGAAUACCGAUGAUGGAGCAGAAAGAGUGAGCUUAAAAAGAGUGGAAGUACUGUUGAGUUGAGUUGCGGGGAAAACCAGUAAAUAUGUUACAUGCUGGACAGAGCUGUAAAUUGUGGGCUUAUCUCUGUUUUGCUUAGAGUAGAAUAUCGCCUCAGCAUUAUGAAAUGUGCAUUUUUCAGAUUUUUUUUAAAACAAGUGAAGAUAAAUUGAUAAGCUAGAAGCCUUUCCAGGAUCAGGCCAGAGAGAUCACUCAGAAAGGUCUUACAUGUUUUCCUUUUAUUCAAAGCGACUGAGCAACUCAGGGUUAAGUGUCUUGUUCAAAGGCACAACGGCGGAAACUUGGAUUGGAACCCACAACUUCUCAGGCAAUUGCAUGUUAACCCAGCGCCUUAUAGCCGCUACAUUAUCAUCACCCCCUCCACCAACUUCAACACUGUUUACAGACGUCUGCAACUCCUCAGCAAAACUUAUAAUCUUCUAAGAUGGUGGUAGACUGUGAUUUUCAAAUGAAAUUUAAAUGAAUUGUACUGUACUGUAUGUGUUUUUUUGAUCAGCAAAACUGCUAAUGUAUUAGCAUGAACUUACUUUUGAGUGGUGUUCAAUACUUCAAUAUUUGAAUCUAUGGAUCUUUAAGACCUGAACAAUGUUAUUAUUGUUAUACAGUACAUUAUUAUGCUGCAUUUCCAUAAUUCAACUGCUGUUUCCUUAAUUUUCUGAAUUGCUGUAAAUGUGCUUAUGCUCAA